ACCAAAAAAAUUUCAAAAAAUUCAAAAACGCUUAAAACGAAACUUUCAACCGAAACAAGUAAAAUUAACACUUUUUUAGCAAAGGCAACGAAAAUUUUGCAGCAAAGCAGCGACUGUGAGCCGAGUUACUGCAAGAACAAGCAACGAAAAUAGCAAAGCAAAAAUUUUUUGAGCCAAAGCUACUGCGUAGUGCCCGAAGCAAAAGCUGCUGCGCUAAAGUGUGUGACCAAAUUGUUGGUAGCAAGCAAAAGUUUGCAAAAAAUUGUGGAAACCACCAGUUUUUUUUUAUUGAAAAACUUAACUUUUUGUGUUCAAAAACACUAGUUUUGAAAACUUUUUUGUACAUUAAACGCAUUUUUCCCCACUAAACUGAAAAUUACUUACGUUUAACGUCCAUAAUUUUGAUUGCGUGCAUUCUACGAGUCCCUCUUGACAUACCUACAUACAUACAUUCCAUAAGUUUUAAGAAAGUAGUAGAAGUUUAGUCUACAAAAGACUGGCGCUGUGUAAAGACUUGGUGUAAGAAGCGCAAAAACCGCCACAAGCAGCUAUUGAAGAGUUUUAGAGUACGCAUUUGGUUACAAAAACAAAAAACGUAGAAGAAGAAGCAGCAGUCGAAGCAUUUCAAGUGCAAAUUACUAUCAAACCACACAUACAUACCUACAUACACCCCUAUAUAUAUAUACAACACAUACAAUUGUUGUAGACAAAGUACACCUUUGAAAGUUGAAAGACACCUUUAACUGCCGUCACUGCCUAAUGGCAAGUUCGCUUAAUAAAACGAGACACAGGCGCAGAUUGACUGCGAUCUCGUUUCUAUCGAAUAUUUCAUUAGAUGGCACACAUCGGGAUACUAAAUUUGGAGCAACAAUUGGCAUUUGUGGCAACGCAGCUACAACCUAUAACGCAACGGCAGCGGGACUACAAAGUGGCGCAACAACGAUUGGAGGCGGCGGCAUCGGUAUCGGCGGUGGUGGUGGCGGCAACGGCAACGGCGGCAGCAACAAGCACCAGCAGCAGCAGCAGCAACAACAAUAUUUCAACUACAACCGCAAUAAUCAACGUUAUACCCAACGACAACAACAACAACAACACCAUCAACAUCAACACUAUUAUCAGCAUCAACAACAUCAUCACGCAAAUGGCGGCUGCAAUAUUGGCAAUGGCAAUGCCGGCAGCGGUGGAGGUGGCUCCAACAUGCGUGCACCAUCGGCGGCUAUGUUCCUCGCCACGUGCGGCGAUGAUGCGCAUAUGGAGUACAUUGGCGGCGGUGGUGGUGAUGGCACUGGCAGUGAUGGCUGUGCCGAUAGUACCGGCAGCGCCGAUGGUGAUGGGCAUUUUAGUGAAAUUGAAAAUAUGGGUCAACACUUGAUAAAUGCACGGCAGCGUAACGCCGCAUAUAAGGGCGAUGGUGGCAUUAAAGCAACAGCAGCAGCAGCAGCAGCAGCAGCAACAAUCGCAGCUAAGUCCGCAAUGGCUGGUGGCAACUCCGGUGACUAUGACGUCUGCGGCGGCGGCGGUGGCGGUUCUGCAUCUGCACCAGAGAAGCGCAAUGCUAAGCGUCCUACGUCGAGUGGUCGACAACAGGGCAGCAAUCAUCAACAUCAUCACGGCAAUUGCAAACCGAAUACGAAGCAACAGGGCACAAUGGGCAUUGCUAGUAAGCAACAGUUGGCCGGCGGUAGUGGCGGUUCGGGCGCUGAAAGUGGCAGUGAUUCGGAUAGCGUCAAAAUACCAAUGAAAGUUUCCAGCUUGGGUGCCGGCAUACUAAUGCCACUGCGUGAAAGAACCUUCAGCAAUGGCGCCAAUGAUGCCGGUAUUUUACCAGAACGUCGUGCCCGCCUCAAUACGGCUCCGGGUAUGCGCAUCGGCAGUGCUGGCGGUAAACGACCGUGCAAUAUAAUCCACGGUUCCACACACAUAACCGAUGACAGUAGUACGGAGAGUUUGACGCCCGGUAGUUUUCCGGGCAGUUUUACUGGACGUGGCAGUAUCAGUAAGAGUGUACAGAUUAGCGAUGCUAAGGAUUUACGUUUCCUCAGUACACAAGCGCACAAACAGCAUCAAUACAAGGAUGAACGUGUGGUGUUGAUGUCGCGAAAAGUGCCAUUCUUUAUAUUCUCGGCAUUGCCAUACUACAAGGGUAAAAAUGGCAGAGCCGAACUACGCAAAGAGGGUCGCCGACGCAAUCCCUCUGGUUCGCGUCCUCUCUCAGCAAUCAACGAUGCACCCUUCGAUCCAUUCGAUUUAUUGGGUAUCGAAAAGGGUGAAAGCGGACAGGAAAUCUCCUAUGGCCAUUUACUUAUACCCACACGCCAUUAUGGCAAGGAGAGUAAAAGCAAACAUGGCUCUGGCAAUACAGCUAAUACAUCAACGUUGGAUAGUCAAAUGGAAAUUACAAGUACAGCAGCACUUAAAAAUCAUGGCAUAGCCAGGUGCUUCACUUAUGACAAUAAUAAUCGUAAUAGCGCCGCAAGUCCUACACCAGAUCUCAAAUUGGAUUUAGAUGAUAACCUUUUGUUGAAUCCUGAUGGCGCACGCGGCAUGCAGUUCCAAUAUUCAGCAAACAUUUUGGAUGAUCCCGAAUUGAUUGCGGGCAAACAUCGCACUCUGCUCACAUUCACUUCGUAUAUGACAUCGGUGAUCGAUUAUGUGCGUCCAUCGGAUUUGAAGAAGGAAUUGAAUGAUAAAUUCCGUGAGAAAUUUCCACAUAUCCAAUUGACGCUAAGCAAAUUAAGAAGCAUCAAGCGUGAAAUGCGUCGCAUCAACAAAUUGGAUAGUCGCAUUGAUUUGGUCACCAUUUCACAGGCCUACGUCUACUUUGAGAAACUAAUUUUGGGCAAUUUGAUUAACAAGAGUAAUCGUAAGCUUUGUGCUGGUGCUUGUAUGCUACUAAGCGCCAAAAUGAAUGAUGUCAAAGGUGAAUCACUGAAGAGUUUAAUUGAGAAAACUGAAAAUGUCUUUCGCGUCAAUCGCAAAGAGUUGAUCGCUUCAGAAUUCGCUGUACUUGUGGCAUUGGAGUUCAGUUUGCAUGUACCCAUGCACGAGGUGUUGCCACACUAUCAACGCUUGCUCUACGAAUCCUAG